UCAACCAACUGACUAAAAAGACAUAGUUCUAAAUUUAAACAAGUAAACAUGCUUGAACAUCAGGUAUUAUGUCACUGUCAUUUAUCUAAAAUAACAAAUGGCGGAAAGGCGCGAAUGUUGACAUAUAAGUUGACAAUAUCGUUUUGCACUCGAAUUGUUCUUUAUUUAUUUUAUGAGUGAAAUUGGGUAAAAUAUGCAGUAAAUCUUUUAUAUAGACAAUCAUGGGUAUUACGGGUUUAUUACCAUUUAUAGAUAAAGCCUCGAGGCGGACUAAUAUUAGUGAAUUUAGUGGCUGUACAGUGGCUAUUGAUUCUUAUUGUUGGCUUCAUAAAGGCACAUAUUCUUGUGCUGAUAAAUUGAUACGAGGGGAGCAAACUGAUAUGCACAUAAGAUACUGUAUGAAAUAUGUGACAAUGUUGCUAUCACACAACAUUAAGCCGAUACUAGUAUUUGAUGGAAGACAUCUGCCUGCUAAAGCUAUGACGGAAUCCAAGAGAAGAGAGUCUCGUGACAUAUCAAAGAAACGAGCAGCUGAACUUUUGAGUCUUGGGCAGGAGUGCAGGAAACGCAAUGUGGACUGCAUAGUGGCACCAUAUGAGGCUGAUGCACAACUAGCCUACUUGAAUAUUAAGAACAUAGCCCACAUAGUUAUUACUGAAGACUCCGAUCUCAUAUUGUUUGGAUGUACUAAGGUAUUUUUCAAAAUGGACCCGGAAGGCGUGGGUACAUUAGUGGAUACAACGAAGCUACCUCUAGCUAUGAAGUGUUCAAUAGAGCGGUAUUCCUUUGAGAAGUUUAGACAAAUGUGUAUCAUGUCUGGAUGUGACUAUCUGGCGUCCCUGCCUGGCAUUGGACUGGCUAAAGCUAGGCAGUUUGUUAUUGCCACUCAAGAUCCUAAUUUUGCUAAUGCUCUUAAGAAACUGCCAAGCUUCUUGAAGAAGUCUUCCUUGGUAGUGUCGGAUGAGUACAGGGAAAGUUUUAUGAAGGCGGAGGCUACGUUCAAACAUCAGUAUGUUUACGACCCCCUGGAACGGAAGAUGGUGAGACUCACUGAACCUGACGAUGAAGAAAUCGAACAGGCAUUUUGUGUGAAUGCUGGUGAACUGUUGGAUCCUAAAACGGCAUUUGAAUUGGCACUGGGAAACCUAGAUCCGUUCACAUUGAAGAAAAUGGAUGACUGGCAUCCAGAUUAUAGUAUUAAUAAGAAUGCACCGGUUAAAACGAAUAACUGGAAAGAGAAAGGCGUGUCUUCACACCCAAGUAUUUGGAGCAAAGACUUCCUAUCAUACCUCGACGAAUCUCACCCUUGGCGGAAGAAAGAGAAGAAACCGGAUUUAUCAAUAGAAACACUAAGCAACAUGUAUUGUAUGGAGCCAGCCGCCAAAAAGCAGAAAAUUGACUGUGAUAAUGAACUUAGCGAGACCUUUACACAAUGUACAGAAGAUCAGCACAAUAGACCAAUCAACGAGGACGAUAGUCCAGACCAAUUCAGUACACGAGAUAACAAAUCUCCCAUACUAGAAAAUAAAGAGCGAUCUUUCAAAAAAUUACUGAAAACUGGCCAACAUUCAGUGCUAAAGAAACUCAGUAGAUUCCCUCGAACAGUCCUAGAUAAUAAUGUAGUUGAAAGCAAAUUCUUCUCAAGUAAUGAAGAGGGUUCAACCAAUGAGGUUGACGUAUCUAAAGAAAGUAUCACUAUAGAAGAAUCUCCGGAACAUAGUAACAGGAAUCCAUUUAAAAAACGUGCAAAAAUGAGUGAUGAAGAUUCUCAAAAGGAGAAUUUUGAGUGUAAUUCUAGUCCUGUUAGGCCUAGUAGUCCUAUUUUGGAGCCUAGUCCAAAAUGCAGAAGGAAUAUAAUUACUGAUAUUGUUAUGGAAGAGCAUGUUGUAGAUAAUAUGGCUAGUGAAGACUCUGUGAUAGAUAAUACUUAUCCUAUGGAGACUUUGAUUACGCCUACCGCUUCGCAGACCUGCUUUGAAAAGGUGAUGACGAAUAAAAUUGUGAUAAUCUACAUGAAUAGUGUAGAUGUAAUAUUGUUAUUUUAGUUAAAGCAUUUGAAAUGUGCAUUUAAUUUAUUAUGUUACAUGACUGAAUAUAAUGUUUUAUAUAAUCGUGAGCGCAGUAAUGUGGCAUUAUUGUUGACUGUAAUUAUGUUUAUAAUUUGUGUUAAGUGAGAAUAAAUGAUUUUAUUGGUAAUUC